UCUUCUUCGCCGCCGCUCCCGUUCCCGCUCGCCGUCUCGCGAUAUCGGAUCGAGGGUGGCCGGCUGCUACGACUCGCGCACGCGGCAGGCAUGGCGACGAAGCGCAAGUGCCCCGCCAAUGGCGACGACGGCGGCGUGGCCGACCUCGAGCCGGUAGCAGGUGGUUCCUUCGCCUCCCCGCCGCCGGAGAAGAAGGCCAAGUUGACCGUCGCCGUCGCCGUCGCCGUCGCGCCCUCCUCCUCCUCUUCUGCUACCACCGCUGCCGCGGGGGAGGCGACGGCCAAGCGCGAGCACGGAGGCUUCUUCGCCUUCGCGAGGCCCGAGAACAACACCAGGCUGAGCGUCGCCGUCGCGUCCUCCUCCUCUUCUGCAUCCGCCGCCGCGGAGAAGGCGAUGGCCAAGCUGACCGUCGCCGGCGUCGCGCCCUCCUCUUCUGCAUCCGCCGCCGCCGCGGGGAAGGCGACGGCCAAGCGCGAGUACGGCGGCUUCUGCGCCUUCGCGAGGCCCGACGACAAAACCAGGUGGCGCGUCGCUGUCGCGUCGUCCGCCGCCGCCGCGGCGGACGCGUCGUAUUCUUCUUCGUCGCCGGCGACGGGGGAGCAGCCGGAGGCGAACCGGUGCGCGACGUGCCGGAGGAAGGUGGGGCUGACGGGGUUCAAGUGCCGGUGCGGCGGCACGUUCUGCGGCGGCCACCGCUACGCCGACGAGCACGGCUGCGGCUUCGACUACAAGAGCUCCGGGAGGGAGCUGAUCGCCAAGCAGAAUCCGGUCGUCGUCGCCGACAAGCUGGCCUUCAGGAUUUGAUCAAGAAUCCUCAACCACUAUCCAUGAGGUCAAAUCGAAGUAGCCGAUCAAAGAUCAAUGAUCUGUUCUUCAAUCUUGUGGGAAGUUGAAUCCUUGUUUGCAAUGAUCGAUUUUCUGUGCUCAGCGCACAAUUAAUUUGAUGUAAUUUUCGUCAAAGAAAAGUUAGUUGUAGUUCGCUGUAACAGAGUCAGUUUAAUUCAGUUGAUGUAUCUAUUUGGAUCGAUUGAUAUGUGCAGAAGCAAAGUACAAGUCUUUAUUU